AUGCUGAAUUACUUCACCACCAAGGUGAAGAAACAGCGCGCGGACAGGGCCAGCGAGGACAAGGCCGACAAGCAGCAACUCGACAAGGAGAAGGCCGUCGCCUCGAAGCUCGCAAAGUCCGAAGCGGCGCUCAAGUUACCAGAGCGGCGCUCCACCUCACCAAAGGUCAUCUCGAAGCCCGAGGCUCCUGCGCCCCGAGGCCCAGAAGGAGCUCCAACCAAUGCCGACCAAGAAGAUGCCGAUCUUCAGCGAGCCUUGGCCGAGUCAGCCGCCGCGUCUGGUAUUCAGCCCCAAGGCACACCCAUUCUCGACCGCGAAGACGAGCGGUUCCUGGAGAGCCUGACCUCAUCCGAGUUAGUCCCCUCUCUUGGCGAGGACGACAAUGAGACCCCACCGCCCCUGCCCCCUCGCGUGAAGACGCCUGUCUUCGAUAUAGACAGCGAUGUCUCUAGCAUCGCGAGCAUGGAAGAGGAGAAACCCGAUGUGAAGGGCAAGGGCAAAGAGCAGGCCACUACCGACAACAACUUGAAGCCAGCGCCCAAGCGCUUCUCCUUCGUAACGAACCUCUCACGCAACAUAUCGAUGCGGCGCAAGCCCAGCUCCGCCAACAAGACGGCCAGCCUCGAGCCCUCGUCGCACCUUGCAGUCCCCAAUCAGGAAAUUCAGAAAGAAGAGACGGAUAUCACGCGCGUGCUCGACGACCUCGGCCUCUCGGCGCAGAACAACAAGACCUUCUCGCUGUCCAAGGAGUCGGCCGAGAUGGUGCAGAAGUUCACGCAGGUGCUCAAGGACCUCGUCAACGGCGUGCCGACCGCGUACGGCGACCUCGUCGCCCUGAUCGACGACCGCGACGGCAUCAUCGCCCGCAACUACGAGAAGCUCCCCAAGAGCCUCAAGAAGCUCGUCACGCAGCUGCCCGACAAGCUGACCUCAUCCUUGGCGCCGGAGCUGCUCGCCGUCGCGGCCGAGGCGCAGGGCCUCAGUACUGCCUCCACGGAGGGCGGCAAGGCGGGCCUGAAGGGCGCGGCUAAGAAUUUCCUCACGCCUAAGAAUAUGAAGGAAAUUAUUACCAAGCCAGGCGCCAUCGCAGGCUUGCUUAAGGGCAUCGUCAACGCGCUCAAGACGCGUUGGCCCGCGUUCAUAGGUACCAAUGUCCUGUGGAGCGUCGCCGUCUUCCUGCUGCUGUCGGCGCUAUGGUACUGCUAUAAGCGCGGCCGCGAGGAGCGGCUCGAUGGCGAGGCGGCCGCCGCGGCUGGCUCGCCCAUCGAUGCGGGUGACCGUGUCGAGGAGCUGCCCGACGACCCGCUAUUGCCGGCACCGGAGUCUGGUGCUGCCGCGAAGAAGCCCUGGGAGGACGAGGGCGAGAAGAGUACGCAAGGCGUCAAGUUGCCGCCUCCUCCUGUUGGCGAACAUGCGGUGCCCUCGGCGAAGUAG